AUGACCCUGACCCUGGCGCUGGCGCGAGCAUUGGGUGAGCCACCUGAUACUGUUGUAUUACGUCUUUACUGCCCUCACAAAACCCAGGUCAAAGAUGACCAAGCCGUAGCCGUUGCCUCAUUGACCGUCAGCCAGAUCCUGGCGUACGAGACAACGCUAGGUUUAAAUUCCACUUUGGCAGCUGAGAAUCGCACUCUCGACGAGAUCUACCAGGCCGCGCUGGCCGAAGGAGGCACUGUUACGCUCUGGCACGGCGGCGACGAGGCAAACCAGAUUGACGGAGGGCCUGGACCUUCGAAUAAUAGGUACAAUGGGCUAACUCAUUAA